GCUUGUCAUGAGAGAUUCCGGAUGUCUGCUGUGGUAAGAGGAAAAUUUGUUUUCUGCUUCUCAUUCUUGACAGCUUGUGUGCAACCGGGCUGCCGAUGAAAGUUAAUGUAGCAAAUUAGGUAUCCAAACCCAACGUUUCGACGGCACAGAAAUCGUGACUGGGAUGGUAUCAUGGAGAGAGACAAUCAUCAAGAAGGAGAAGCCCAGGGAGUGAAGAUCUGUGAUCCACCCUCGGAGAGAAAACCACCUGCAGACACCUUGGCGACUUCUCUCUCCCUUUUGGGGAAUCACAUGUUUCCUGAUCCGGUGGAGAGAAACAACAGCACCACUGACAAAGAGGAGCCUGCAGACUUGCACCUGUCGGAUGUCACGGCACAGGAGCAGAGUCUGGACGCAGAGCCCCCUUCUAACCAGGUGAAAAAGCUAGAGACUGAGGAGGCAGAGAACUCUGAGUGUCAGAGCAAUGAAUCUGCAGAGACAACUGACAGAGGAGCUGAGGAUGCUGCUGACAGAGUAACUGAGGACGCUGCUGCUGUAGACAAUGACCAGAGUGAUUCUGGGGAGUUUGUCGUCACGAUGCUGGCCAAGGCCAAGCUGGAGGAGCAGGGUAUCGGUGUGAAGGGAAGGUCAUCUCCCUUGUUGGAGGCAGGCACCCAGGAAUCUCCCGCAUUUAUGUCUCAUCGCGAUGAGGAUGUGACAGCUGACAGCUGGCGGCAGCACAGGAAGCAUGUUUUUGUGCUAAGCGAAGCAGGCAAACCCAUCUAUUCCAGAUAUGGCAGUGAAGAGGCUCUUUCAUCCACUAUGGGAGUCAUGAUGGCGCUGGUGUCCUUUGUCCAAAGCGGAGAUAAUAUCAUCCGCUCAGUCUAUUCAGAGCAACACACCGUGGUGUUUUUACAGAAAGGGCCCCUUGUGCUGGUGUGCGUCUCCAGCAGUCGUCAGUCUGAGCAGCAGCUGCGUGGAGAGCUCCUCUACGUGUACUAUCAGAUCAUCAGCAUGCUCACCCAGGCCAGCAUAUCCCGCAUCUUCGAACACAAGAAAAACUACGACCUGCGGAGACUCCUGGCGGGCUCAGAGAAGAUCCUGGACGGCCUCCUCAACCUGGUGGAUUCGGACCCCAGCUUCCUGCUCGCAGCAAUACACUGCUUGCCCCUAGCAUCCUCUCUCAGGGACUCUCUCAGCCAGAUCCUGCAGAAAGCUAUCACGCCCAAUCUGGUUUUCUCCAUCCUCAUUGCCAAGAACCAGCUGCUCACCAUCGUCCAAGAGAAGACGGUCAUCGAGGACACCAGGCUGGAGCCCGCCGACGUCCACCUCCUGCUCAACCUCAUCGGAGCCUCUUCUGCCUUUCAGGCGGGAGAGAUCUGGACUCCCAUCUGCCUCCCUCUCUUUAAUCCUGACUGUUACUUUUAUGCAUACAUUUCCUACCUGGACCCUCCAGAAUGCACUGUUUGUUUGCUGCUGCUCUCGACAGACAAGGAGGCUUUCUACGCUGUGGCUGAGUGCAAGAGGAAGAUAGAGGAGGCCAUGGUGGCUCAGAACUCCCUGAGCCUCAUUGCUAAAGCUCAGUCGUACAGCGUGAGCCAGGUGGGCGUCUCAGACCUCAGACACUUCAUGUACAAGCCCUUUGAUGUGCCAGACAACUACCGCCAGCUCUCUCAGUUCACCAGCCCAGAGAUGGAGGCGCCGUACAGCAGCGAGGAGGAGAAAAUGAGACUGCUGGACCUCUAUCGUUAUAUGCACAGCCGCAUCCACAGCACCUCACGGCCCCUCAAACUCAUCUACCACGUCGCUGAGAGAGAAACUCUGUUAGCCUGGGUCACAAGUAAAUUUGAGCUGUACACCUGCUUCAGCCCUCUGGUGACAAAGGCCUGUGCUAUCACAGCUAUCACUAAGCUCCUAAGGUGGAUCAAAAAGGAGGAGGACCGUCUCUUCAUCAGAUACCCCCCAAAGUAUUCAACCACCCCAAACCCCAGUAAGAGCUCUCGAGGUGGCAAAUCUGACCAGCAAGACUCCACAGAUAACGGCUUCUUAUCUCUUCUAUAGGACUCUCUUAGUGCUACAAUAGUGGCGGCUCUGCCUCAUCCAACAAUAGUUUGUACACUGGUUCCAAGAUAUUUUUGAACCCUGUUUUGACACCUGUUGGACUUGACAGACAUUGACUACUGGAAUCAAACACUACGUUUUACACUAUUUAAAAAGGAAUGAUCUCUUUGAAACUAGUAUUAUUUCCUUACCUUAACAAGAAAGCAUGUCAUUGCAUCACUGCUUUCGAUCAGAAACAGUCAGGGCAAAACUGCAUUAGUACGUUUUAAAUUGAACUGUGGUAGAAUAUAAUUGCAAUGAUAUUUAAAUGUUUUUAUAUUGUUUUAUUACUGCAACAAGAGAGAAAUUUUCCUCACGGACAGUGAAUGUAUCACACAGACGACAGUUCAUUCGUACGCUAUAACAGGUCAUUGUCUCUUGUGUAAGUUAAGAUGAGGAGAAAAAUGACCUUAAACUACCUUCCUCAGACUAGUUAUCACAUACAGAUUUUUUUUUUUUCAUAACACAAAAGCAUCCCGAUGUUACAAAACAGGAUUUGCAGGAGUUUGUUUCUGGGCUCAGCAUAAACCGGAAAAACGACAGGAACUGCCAGAGCAGGGCCGGGCCUCCAUGCGUUAUAAUGGGGCAUGGACAGACAAAAUGUCCUCCAUGAAGUGCUGCCUGUAACAGAAUUUGAAAACAUGGUGUUGUUUUAUAUCCCACUAAUGUUUCCACUCAAAUUAAAGUGAUCAGGUUUCCUUCAUGUAACAUUUCGUGCUGAAAACAAGUAGAAUCCCCAGCCUGUUACACCCGAUCACUUUUACAUGACCGCCAGUUUCAUUGUUAAUGUUGUCACUGAUAGGAGUCAAACCUUGUCAAUCUGGAGACCCAUCUGUUAAGUUAAGAAGAUGCCUCCGAGCUCACGCAGUAUUUUUCUGCAGAUACUUGUAGUACGAUUAUCAGCUGACACCUGGUGUAGUGAGUUCAGGUACUUUCCUUUUUGGAUAAUAAGUUUUGUAAAAAUGGCCUCAUCCCUGUGUCCACUGAGGAUUUUCCUGUCAAUUCAAGUCUUAAGAGUAUGUCUAUAGUAUUAUUAAAUAAAUCCCAGGUUGCACAAAUGUACACUUGUCCUGAUGAAGUAGAGAUGUAGUGAACAAGCUUCAUUUAUUAUCGAGUGGAAAAUAUUAAGUAAUGCUUGGUUUUGCAGGUUUGUAAUUUACGUAAUAAUGUCCUAUGUUUUCCUGGAAAGAACAAUGUUUUUUGUGCUGAUAAUAACAUAAAUAGAGACCGUUGGUAGAUUUCCAAUUAAUUGCUUGUGUAACCUAAUAGACAUUCCCCCUGCAAUCAGUACUAUUACGUAGUUUUUUCCAGGAAACACCAUAGGAAAUUAAAACGUAAAAUAAAACGUUGCCAACAUCUAAUUGAGACUCUUAAUGACAUGUCAUCCAUCAGCGUCAUUUGUUGAGUCUACUCUCAGGGGUUGGAUCUGUCAGUCUGGACUUUCUUAAGUUAAACAAUCUAGCUUCACGGAAAUAAAAACAAAUGUUUGGGCAAUGUUACUCAAAACUUUAUCACCAAAAACUUCCCUUUAAACAGCAGAUAAAGUGUCAACACCAGAAGUAAACUGGGACGAGCUUCAAGAUAAACAUGUUUAGAGUACGAGCUGUGACCUGUGACAAACACAUCGUGAACACAUGGCAAAUAUUGUACCAGGUUAAUGGUAAAUACUGAGUAUUAGUAUAAUACUGGGUAUUUCCUGUAUUGCUGUGUGACUCACAACAAACCAAGGCUGCUUACAAGAACCAACAGUCUUGUUUAAGCCUUUAUGUGUUUGCUUGUUUGUUUUUUUCAUCAGACCAGUUAAUGUGAGAUAGUACAAGUAGCUGUUGUUGGCUGAUGACAAAAAAAAUACAAAUAUGGUCAUCAGAUAUUUCCUUCCUGACGAGUUUAAUACGAUCACUGUAACACUCGAACAACUGACCAGCACACAAUGUAUGAUGGGAAAACAUGGGAAGCUGUGAAGGUUGGACUUAUUGUCUAAUAAAUGUCUUAUAAAGUUAA